UAAUCGUCUAGUCAUGAACCGACUUUUACAGCUAUAUAUAUAUUUAUAUAUUAUUGGCUCAUAUGGAUUGAUAACACCUUUGUUACUUAUAUUAUUAUCUCACUAAACUCUCAAGCCAUGGCUCUCAUCCUCUCUCGGGCCUUGUGUGGAUUGAAAUUACCACAGAUGUACGGACAUGCAACAUUUUGCAUGGAAAGAGUCCUCACUCCUAACAAUAACACUUUCCUCAUAAAUAAUAGUAAGCUGCUAAACUGGUCUAAGCAAAUAUCCAUAAUGGCGUGUGAUCUUUACCAGGAACCAAGAAGAAUAAUUAGGUGGAGUGAAAGUGAUCCCACAAAUUCAUCCACAGAUAAUAUUGGUAAAAAUGAUGAUAAUCCUUAUCAUAAAGCCACCAUUGUUUCAGUUGAGAAGAUUUCUGAUCAUUCAUCAAAAGAUGACACUUAUCAUAUUGUAUUUGAUCAUAAUGGCCAAUUUACCAAUCGAUACUUGGAAGGACAAUAUUUUGGUGUCAUGCCCUCAGCCAAAAAUGUUUCUAAACAAGGCGACGCCAAAAAGCUUCGUUACUAUUUUGGCGCGUGUUCUAGGUAUGGAGAAAAUUUCGACAACACAACAACUAGCUUAUGUGUGCGUCUAGUCCCUAAUAGAACUAGCGAGUUUCUAUGCAAAUUAAACCCCGGAGAUGAAAUUCAAGUUACAGGUCCUACUGGUCAUGCAAUGCUUUUGGGAGAUCGAAACCCUUACACUACACACAUAUUUACGACGUUUGAAACUGGCAUUGCUCCAUUUAGAGCUCAUGUCGGUCGUCUUUUCAAUAAAAAUAAUCAUGAACAAAAAUAUUACGGGAAGGUUUUGUUAUUUCAUAUAGUGUCUAGUAAUGGUAGUAUUUUAUACAAAGAGGAAUUUGAGCAAUAUCAAAAGGACUACCCUAGCAACUUUCACUACAUAGUAAUAAAAAAAAAUAUACAUCAUUUUAGGAUGAUCAACAGAGUUAAAUGUUUAUUUAGAGAUCCCGAAAUUUUUGGAGAUCACUCUAGAGAUGUGUUUAAUUUGUUGCAUAAUAAAAGAAAUGCAUACAUAUACCUAGCUGGGCCGAGAGAAAUGGCAAUUCCAAUCGAAAAUACUUUAAAGAAUGUUGCGAAGAAAGAAGGAGACGAUUGGAGAAAAACAUUAGAAAGAUUGAAACAUAAUGAGCAAUGGCGUGUUCAAGUCUUCUAAUUAAGUGUUGUUAAUUGGACUAUUACAAGUGAAUUUUCCAAUUUAGUAAAUUUUCCAAGUCAAAAACCUACUAAGAUGAUGAGAUUUUUUGUUAAUAGUGUGAUGUUAUUAGAAAACAACAUUUAUUCCGAUCUCUUGAUAACAUGCAUUUCAUGUAAUCUCUUCUUUUCUUAUGGAAAAUCACUUGUUUUUCCUUAAUGAUGAUGAGAAUAAAUUAAAAGUA